CUCUCAGAUUGAGGAGAGAGGGGACGGGAAACGGGGGGCGCGCACAAGGACCGACAGGAGAAAAAAAAUCCGGAGCACCGUGAUGUAUUUGGGAAGCUCGUGAGCCCGUAAAAGACUGCAUUGGGGAAGCAUAAAAAAAGGCUUUGCUCACCGAGAGAACGCGCAAAUAUCGCGUUACCGUGAGGUCGAAGCGAGGAGAUUAAUCCCGGAGAGGAGCGAGCGAGGGGCUGGAAACAGAGCACCAAUCCCGGAUGGCUAGGCGCGGCUGCUCGCGCUCUCUCCCACCCUGACCCGGGAGAGACACACAAGGACCGUGGGGAGGCUCCGGGGCUUCCCACAAACCCCAUCGGAGCCUUUUAGCCCGCUUUCCUUUUACCUCACAGACGUUUGAUCCCGGCCUGGUUCCGCCAACAAGGGGAAUCUGGUCUGGCGCACGAGAUUGAGACCGUAAACAAACAAGGCAGACGCUCGGGUGGGAGAGGGUCCAGCAAGCGUCCUCUCUGAAGGGUGUGAGUCUGCGUUUUUAGUCCAUUAGGGAUCCAUCAGCAGUAUUGAUAACGUGUGUGUGUGUGUUCAGAUGUGGCUGCACAAGACUGAUAGUCCAAGGAGCCAGCUGCAUUAUGGGAUGUAGCAGGACUGUGUAGUGACCCCGCUUAUUGGAAGGAAACACUCUGUGUACAGGAGCAGGAACAGGCAGACUAGCCUAAACACACAUACACACACACUUACACUCAUCCUUGUACACAGACACACACACACACCCCAGGACUCUGCAGCCAUGCCUGUGUUCAGCGGCCUGUUGAAGGUGCGAGUGUGUGAGGCGGUGGAUCUGAAGCCCACCCCAUGGGCUCUGCGUCACGCUGUGGGGAAGAGCGGAUCUUUCCUGCUGGACCCCUACCUGGCCCUGAAUCUGGACCAGACCCGGCUUGGACAGACCGCUACCCGGACCAAGACCAACAGCCCUGCCUGGCACCAGGAGUUCUGCACCGAGGUCCGCGAGGGAAGGAGCCUGGAGCUUUCUGUGUUCCAUGAUGCACCCAUCGGAUAUGAUGACUUUGUGGCUAACUGCACCAUCCAGUUGGAGGACCUGCUGCAGAAUGGGACCAGACACUAUGAAGACUGGAUUGACUUGGAGCCAGAGGGGAAGGUGUACGUGGUCAUCGAUCUGUCCGGAUCCUCCACUGAAGCUUCGGGAACCAACGACAAUGAAGAGCGAGUGUUUCGAGAGAGGAUCGGUCCUCGCCGGCGACAGGGCGCCGUCAGAAGACGUGUCCAUCAAGUCAAUGGACACAAGUUCAUGGCUACCUACCUGAGACAACCCACCUACUGCUCACACUGCAGAGACUUUAUCUGGGGCGUGCUGGGGAAGCAGGGAUACCAGUGUCAGGUGUGUACGUGUGUCGUCCACAAGCGCUGCCAUGAGCUCAUCAUCACCAAGUGUGCCGGGAUGAAGAAGCAGGAGGACACACCUGAGGAGGUGGGUUCACAGCGGUUCAGUGUUAACAUGCCCCAUAAGUUCAGUAUUCACAACUACAAGGUCCCCACCUUCUGCGACCACUGCGGCUCCCUGCUGUGGGGCCUCAUGAGGCAGGGCCUGCAGUGCAAAGUGUGUAAGAUGAAUGUGCACAGGCGAUGUGAGACCAAUGUAGCUCCAAACUGUGGCGUGGACGCCCGAGGUAUCGCUAAGGUCCUGUCUGACCUCGGAGUCACGCCAGACAAGAUCUCCAACACCGCACAGCGCAGGAGGAAGUUGACUCCAGGGCAGGACAUUCCUCAGUCUCCUCCUGAGCUCACUCAGACUGAGGAGAACAGCUUCAGCCAGCCAGCUGUCCCCACCUCCCCCUCACAGCAGGACUUGGCAGAGUUAGACCGCCUGCAGCACGCGCUGUCACUCGACCAGCAGGGACCACAGCACUCCUCCUCUUCCUCCUCUUCCUCCUCCUCCACAACCUCCUCUUCCUCCACAUCCUCUUCCUCGGCGGGCAGGGAGAACGGGCAGAUCCAGAGGAGGACCCUCAAGGACUUCAACUUCAUCAAGGUUCUCGGGAAAGGCAGCUUUGGCAAGGUGAUGCUGGCGGAGCUGAAGGGCACGGAGGAUGUCUAUGCUGUCAAAGUUUUAAAGAAGGACGUGAUCCUGCAGGACGACGACGUAGACUGCACCAUGACGGAGAAACGCAUCCUGGCCCUCGCUCGCCGACACCCCUACCUCACCCAACUGUACUGCUGCUUCCAGACACGUGUACGACUGCCUGACAGAUCACACACAAACACACUCACACACUGCUCUAUUUUCUCUGUCUCUUACCUCUCCCUCUCUCUGUUUCUGCAGGAUCGUUUGUUUUUUGUAAUGGAGUAUGUGAACGGAGGAGACCUGAUGUUUCAGAUACAGCGAUCAAGGAAGUUCGAUGAGCCUCGCUCUCGUUUUUACGCUGCUGAGGUCACCUCAGCCCUCAUGUUCCUGCACCGUAAUGGCGUCAUUUACAGGGAUCUGAAGCUGGAUAACAUCCUGUUAGACGCAGAGGGACACUGUAAGCUGGCGGACUUCGGCAUGUGCAAAGAGGGCAUCAUGAACGGGGUGACCACCACCACCUUCUGCGGCACGCCCGACUACAUUGCCCCUGAGAUCCUGCAGGAGCUGGAGUACGGAGCCUCAGUGGACUGGUGGGCCCUCGGGGUGCUGAUGUAUGAGAUGAUGGCCGGGCAGCCUCCUUUUGAAGCCGAUAAUGAAGACGACUUGUUUGAGUCCAUUCUCCACGACGACGUCCUCUACCCGGUGUGGCUCAGCAAAGAGGCUGUUUCUAUCCUCAGAGCGUUCAUGACAAAGAACCCGGCGAAACGUCUGGGCUGCGUAGUGGGCCAGGGCUGUGAGGAGGCCAUCAAGACCCACGCCUUCUUCAGAGAGAUCGACUGGGUGCUGCUGGAACAGAGGAAAGUCAAACCACCCUUCAAACCUCGGAUUAAGACCAAGCGAGAUGUGAAUAACUUCGACCAGGACUUCACCAAGGAGGACCCGGUUCUGACGCCCACAGACGAGGCCAUCAUCCGACAGAUCAACCAGGAGGAGUUCAAAGACUUCUCCUACUGCGCCCCUGAGGAGACGCAUACCUAACACACACACACAUACACACACACACACACACACACACAUUCAGAAACACACACACACACACACAAUCCAACUAAAAACCUGGCACAUGUACGCACACAUAGCUGAAACUCAUACACACACAUAAAACACACACUCAGUCACUCCUUUACUUUGAAGCUAUUGGUUGUUGUUACUUUUGAAAUAUUCUUUACUUGCAUUGUGUUGUUCUUGUUGCCUGGGUUUGUUAUUAUUAUUAUUAUGAUUAUGAAUAUGACUAUGAAUAAGAAUUAACACACCUGCACAUGCUCUCACACGCACAUACCCACACAUCUUGUGCACACUUUUAAUGCAGACUUCCACACACACAUACACACACUUUAGUCUAUUCACAUACACCUACGAGCUUACUGCACAUGCUCAGACAACCAAAUACACACACAUACAUUGCUUCUCUCCCUGGCACACACACAUGGACUGUACAGUGUGUGCUGGGUGCAGAGGCCUGUAUAUAGCCUGUGUUGAGUGGCUGUGUUGUGUUGCUGUUGUCGGCUAGUAAAGGAGAGUUGUGGCGCAUGGACAAGCACCCUACCUGUGUUAUUUCUGUCCUUAUUGUGGACCAGUUAGGGCCAAAUACCCUUUUGUGCAAUACCCUGACUAUCUAUAUAUUUUACAGUUUUUUUGUUCAUGUGUAAAUUUUGUCUUUUUUUUUCUCCUCAAAAAAUGUGUUUUUAAGAUUGAAAUCUUUGCUCUCAUCUUCCAGCACACUCCAAGUCCUCCUGUCUUGUGCCCAUUGACUGUAUAUAAAGAUGGAUGAUGCGUCUCCACCUCUUCUUGUUGUACAAAAGUGAAGUCAAAAUACCUCAACCACAGGCGCCGACAUCUUGUGCAGUAUUGAUGUCCCGCCCCUUUCUGCUAACUCAAACUCUGCACCUAAACUUUUAACCCAGCACUCUCUGGAAGAUUUUAAAAAGUCUGAACAGAGAGUUGAAAAUGUGAGACACAUAAUGAGAUUAUACAGUUGUGUGCUUGUAGUGUGUGUGGUGGGCCAACACACAACACACUAACAGAUUCCAUUCACCAACAAUCAGAGUCCUGACUCUCAGAACUUGAAGUCUCACAACAUUUCUUGCGUUCGACAACAUUUGUCAAUCCAAUGCUGUAGCAGUUUUUCUCCAGCUCCUCUCCUUUUCAGUAAGAUUGUGUUUUUUUUAUACGGGACCCAUCGUAUAAACACUUGUGUUGUUGCCACGAAAUCAACAACUCGCUUCUCCAUUUCUGACGUCCGUGUAAUUUCAUGCUUUGCAUUCAUUAUUGUCGCAGUGGCUGCAUUUGCUGAGCUUCCUUCUUAGUCCUUCCAGUCAGCUUGCUUCCCGAUGAUCGGCUAUCGCUCUGUUCCACACGACUACAGAAUGCGUGCUCAGGAAGGCUGUCCUCUCCUCGUUAAUGUUGAACAUGUUUGAUAUUUAUGAUUUCAAAUCAGUGCGCAAGGUGCACAAAGAGCUGCUGGAGCCAGGAGUUUGUCAACAGAGCUGUCAAUCAUGACAUUAUACUCCUUUUUUUUUAUCUUUUUCAAAUCAUCUUGCUGAAAACUUAUGACAAAAACCAUGAAUGAGAGUAAAUUAUUUAAAGUGUAUUUUAAUUUUCAAGUGUGAGCCAUGUCCCAUCUGUUGGGAAGAGGAUUAGGGCCACUGAAAAAACAAACAAACAAUUAGGGUACUUAUUUUAAAAAAUUAUUAUUAUUCUGUGAAAAAAGUCAGAAUUCUGAUUUUAUUCUCAGAAUUAGACUCAGAUGUCUGACUUUAAUCUAUGAUUUCUGACUUUAAUGUCAGAAUUCUGACUUGAAUCUAAAAACUCUGACUUUAAUCUCAGAUGCCGACUUGAAUCUCAGAAUUCUGACUUUAAUCUAUAAUUUCGGACUUUAAUCUCAGAAUUCUGACUUUAAUGUCAAAAUUCUGACUUUAAUCUCAGAAUUCUGACUUUAAUCUAAAAAUUCUGACUUUAAUCUCAGAAUUCUGACUUGAAUCUAAAAAUUCUGACUUUAAUCUCAAAAUUCUGACUUUAAUCUCAGAAUUCUGACUUUAAUCUGUGAUUUCUGACUUUAAUCUCAGAAUUCUGACUUUAAAUUCAAAAUUCUGACUUUAAUCUGUGAUUUCUGACUUUAAUCUAUAAUUUCUGACUUUAAUCUCAGAAUUCUGACUUUAAAUUCAAAAUUCUGACUUUAAUCUGUGAUUUCUGACUUUAAUCUCAGAAUUCUGACUUUAAUUUCAAAAUUCUGACUUUAAUCUAUAAUUUCUGACUAAUCUCAGUCUCAGUCUCAAUCUCAGAAUAAUAAUAAUUAUAAAAAAAAAAUUGACCUUCAUUUUUUUUUUUUUCAGUGACCCUAAUCCUCUUCCGUACAUCUGUUAAUAUGAAGGGAGUUGAGUUUAAGACCUAUACUGCAGCCAGCUCUAAUCUUUUGGCUUCACUUUUGGGUAGCGGUCACGUCAUCCAUCUCUUUGUACGGUCUAUGCAUGUGCGCAUAAAGUGAAUGUCGAGCUCACAUGUUACAGGCUAAUGAACUAAUUAUGUGAGGUGGAGAAGUGUUACAGGCGGCCUGUGUAGCAGUUACAAAAAAAAAAAAAAAAAAGCAAGAUGUUGUUCCAGCUUUUUUUUUUUUUUCACCCAUCUGCUAGUUUCAGAAUCUGCCGGCAUGAAUGUACAUUUUCGUACGUGUGUGACGUGAAUGCGUGUUUCUUUUUUCGUUCCCCCUUCCUCCGUCUGUGUGUGACUUUUUCUCUUCAGCAUUUCAGUUGCUAUAGUUACCAUCAGUGUUUUGAGCCCCCACCACCCCUCCCCUUCCUUCUUUCCUUCCUCCAAAGCACCAAUUCCCCUUUCCCUCCUCUUCCUUCUCCUCCAGCAGCCGCCUCGCUCAGCCAAAACUACUCGCUUUCUAUCUUUUCUUUUUCAAGAAUGGCUUCUCUUUCUUAUGGCUCUCUUUUCUUUUUUUAAAUUAUAAAUAUGAUUAUUAUUGUAAAGUGUAUUUGGAGGAAACAUUUGUGUAUAAAACUAUAACUAUACUAUCAUAGAUCUGUUACAGCCGGGGGGACGAGAAAAAAGAAAAUGUGGAAAACCAGCAGCUGAAUUACCUCUCAUUUCAAACACACACACAUAAACAAAGCAGCACAUACAGACUCCUCCUUCUUCUCCUCCUUCUUCUGUUCCUCUCUCUCUCUCUUUGACACACUCACACAUGCACACACAGAGGAGGACUGUUGUCGAGUGUACUGUACAGAGAUCUGCGUGAAGGCGAGCUGGUUGCUGUGUGUGCAGUAGAGUCGGUGUGUAGUGAAGCUUUGUGCACCCAGGGGUAGGGCUGUUCCUGGUCACACUAUCUUACUCUGUGCCAAAAUGUAGUGCAACAGCCAGGCUAGUCCUGUCUGCUCUGAUUCCAAUAAAACACUGAGCUGUCUA